AUGGUUCUCUACGUCAUCGGUCUCGGACUCGCAGACGAGAAUGACAUCACUCUCAAAGGCUUUGAAGCCGUGAAAUCCUCCGAGCGCAUCUAUCUUGAGAGCUACACAAGCAUACUUAUGGUCCCCGGGUUCAAGGAACGUCUCGAGGAGCUGUAUCAAAAGUCUGUCAUCCUGGCGCAUCGCGAAACAGUCGAGCUCGAAGCCGAAUCGAUUCUCGAAGGUGCCGCAACCUCGAACGUCGCCUUCCUUGUUGUUGGCGAUCCCCUCUCAGCCACUACACAUACCGACCUCAUCUUGCGAGCAAGGCAGUCCUCGCCGCCCAUCCCCGUCAAAAUCAUUCACAAUGCCAGCAUCAUGACAGCGAUUGGUUCCAGUGGCUUGGCUGGUUACAAUUUUGGUCAGACAGUCAGUGUUCCUUUUUGGACUGAAGACUGGAAGCCAGACAGCUGGCUCGAACGCAUCGGUGAGAAUCUCCACAUGGGACUCCACACGUUGGCUCUAUCUGACAUCAAGGUUCGAGAGCAGAGUGCAGAAGAUAUGAGCAGAGGCAUUCUCCGCUAUAUGGACCCCCGCUACAUGCUCAUUCCCCAGCUCAUUUCGCAAAUCAUCUCGGCAGCACAAUCGCACAAGGCAGACUAUCUCCACCCGGAUCGCACCCUCGCUAUCGCUCUAUGCAGAAUGGGCUCAGAACAAGAGCGCAUCCUCUCUGGAACAUUGCAGGAGCUGUUGGAUAUGGCCAACCCUACCGAGGAGGAGGCCCGUGCAGAAGUUGCUCAAGACGACGCAGACCAACUCGCAAGUGAAGCUCAACUCGAUAAGAGACGUUCCGCUAGAGCCGAAGCUCGCGCCAAGAAAGCUUUCGGCGAGCCUCUGCACAGUCUCGUCAUUGUCGGCAAACGCCUUCAUCCUCUGGAGCGCGACUAUGCUGCAAGCUAUGCUUGUCCCGGAAGUCAAUUCCUCCAAGUCGCCCAAGAAGUCUAUGGCUGCAAGAAAUAA